AUGGACAACAUGGCGGAUCAGAUGGCAUUUCUCCUUUUCGGAGAUCAAUCUCUAGAUACACAUGGUUUCUUAGCCGACUUCUACAGAAGAGGGAACCCUAGUGUUCUGUCGAAAGAGUUCCUCCGACUAGCAGGCGAUGCCCUACGAGACGAGAUAGAUCGACUGCCCCGAGGAGAGCGAAAAAAGAUCCCAAUAUUUCGAACUUUGCAGCAACUCAACGAAAGAUACCAUGCGCAGCCAAUCAAAUUCCCUGGGAUCGACAGCGCCUUGUUAUGUAUAACGCAAUUAGCACAUUAUAUCGACCGCUCCGAGAAAGAAUACGAAGAUGCCACCAGCCACAACAACACAAAACUCUCUGGACUUUGCACGGGUCUAUUCGCCGCGACCGCCAUCGCGUCGAGUCAUUCACUCUCUACCCUUCUCCCGAUCGCCGUCCAAGUUGUUUUGAUGGCAUUCAGAACCGGGUCCCACGUGGCUUCGUUAGCAGAAAGACUUAGCCCAUCUGGUGCAAAGUCCGAGAGCUGGACAUAUGUCCUCCCUAGCGUUCAGGAGACGCAAGCAAAUUCCAUUCUCGAGGAGUUUCACAAAUCCGAGGGAAUCUCACAAGCUGCAAAAGCCUAUGUAAGCGCCGUCUCCGCAAAUAAUAUUGCAAUUUCUGGUCCGCCAGGAACGCUACGGACUCUAUUCAGCAAGGAUUUGUUUGAGUCGAGACCAACGGCAAUACCAGUGUAUGGUCCAUACCAUGCUUCCCAUUUGCACAACUCGUUAGACAUUAGGAAGAUGCUGCGACUCGACGAUGAGGCUGUUGCCGCCGUUCUCGCGGGAUCCAAACCCCGUAGUGUUGUUAUGUCCUGCGUUACGGGUGCACCUUUUCCCGAGACUGAGACCGACGCGCUUCUCACUGCCGUAGUUCACGAAAUACUGAAUGGGCCAUUGUUAUUUCACAAGACUCUAAGCGGAAACGCUAACGAGGCACACGGGUUCAGCGGAUCUCGUAUUUUGGUGAUUCCCUACGGCCCAACUCAGGCUGCCAGCACAUUGGCAAACGUAUUCCGGUCACAGACGAACGCCGAAGUCAUAUUACGGCAAACUCCUCAGGUUUCACGUGAGACCAUAGCUUCUCCAAUUGGAAACCAUGGGUCUUCAGGGAGAUGCAAACUGGCUAUUGUAGGCAUGGCAGGUCGCUUUCCAGAUUCAGCUAGUCACGAAGCCCUCUGGGAACUUCUUGAAAAGGGCAUUGACGCUCAUCGUGUUGUGCCUGCUGACCGGUUUCCGGUUGACAGCCAUUACGAUCCGACGGGGAAAGCCAUUAAUACCAGCCAUACACCAUAUGGAAACUGGAUUGAGAACCCGGGUUUCUUCGAUCCGCGGUUUUUCAAUAUGUCACCUCGGGAGGCAUUUCAAACCGAUCCAAUGCAGCGUUUAGCCCUGACGACUGCGUACGAGGCUCUCGAGAUGUCCGGUUACGUACCAAACCGAACGCCAUCCACGAGACUAGAUCGUAUCGGUACCUUUUAUGGCCAGACAUCAGACGACUGGCGUGAGAUCAACGCCGCACAAGAAGUCGAUACCUAUUAUAUUACCGGCGGUGUUCGAGCUUUCGGCCCCGGCCGAAUAAACUACCAUUUUGGUUUCAGCGGGCCCAGCUUGAAUAUCGAUACGGCGUGUUCAUCCAGUGCUGCAGCGCUUCAGGUUGCUUGCACAUCAUUAAGGGCAAAGGAGUGUGAUACUGCAAUCGUUGGCGGUCUUUCCUGCAUGACAAAUUCGGAUAUUUUCUCUGGAUUAAGUCGCGGCCAAUUUUUGUCUAAAGAACACAACUGCAACACGUUUGACAAUGAUGCGGACGGUUAUUGCAGAGCGGAUGCAUGCGCAUCGGUGGUGGUUAAACGUCUUGAUGAUGCAUUAGCAGAUAAAGACAACAUCCUCGCAGUUAUACUCGGCGCGCAGACGAAUCAUUCAGCAGAUGCUAUCUCUAUCACCCACCCCCAUGGGCCAACACAAUCUAUUUUGUCGUCAGCCAUUUUAGACGAAGCUGGCGUAGAUCCACUCGACGUGGACUAUGUAGAGAUGCACGGUACCGGUACCCAGGCUGGCGACGGUACGGAAAUGGUGUCUGUUACCGACGUCUUCGCUCCGGCUAAUCGACAUAGAGCUGCGGAUAGACCGUUGUUCCUCGGCGCAGUGAAGGCAAACAUUGGUCAUGGCGAGGCCGCAUCUGGUGUCACUGCCCUCAUCAAAGUCCUGAUGAUGCUAAAGAAGAACGCUAUCCCUCCCCACAUCGGCAUCAAGAAGGAGAUCAAUAAAACAUUCCCAUCAGACCUUGGUGAGCGCGGUGUCAAUAUUGCCUUCCACAAGACGCCGUUCACCCGAAGGGACGGAAAGCCAAGGCGAGUUUUUGUCAACAAUUUUAGCGCAGCUGGUGGUAACACUGGCCUUCUACUUGAAGACGCUCCACGAUAUAAGACGGCUAUCGUAGACCCUCGCAGUCAGCAUGUCAUCACCGUAACUGCCAAGUCAAAGGCUGCCAUGAUCCGGAACGCGGAAAAUCUGGUCAAGUGGAUGGAGGAGAAUCCCUCCACUUCUGUAUCUCACGUGGCCUACACUACAACUGCUCGCAAGAUUCAACACUACUGGCGCAUGAAUGUGACUGCCUCCAGCUUAGUCGAAGCCCAAGAAGCCAUAAAGGAGCGUUUGAAGUCGAACUUCGUACCUGUUUCCCCCGAGCAGCCCAAGGUUGCAUUCCUCUUCACUGGCCAAGGUUCCCAUUAUGCUGGUCUUGGCAGGGAUCUAUAUUCCCAUUACUCUAUAUUCCGCCAGGCGAUUAAUGAAUAUAAUCAUCUCUCUCUCGUUCACGGCUUUCCAUCGUUCCUCCCUCUUAUCGACGGCACCGAGUCCGAUGUGCAGAAGCUCUCGCCUGUUGUCGUACAGCUCGGGCUAGCAUCUUUUGAAAUGGCUCUUGCAAAACUGUGGAUUUCUUGGGACAUCCAGCCCAGUGCUGUCUUAGGCCAUAGCUUGGGCGAAUAUGCUGCUCUUCACAUUGCUGGUGUUAUAUCUGCCAGUGAUGCUAUAUUCCUUGUUGGUGCUCGUGCCCAACUUCUCGUCGAGAAGUGCACGGCGGGCACCCACGCCAUGCUUGCCGUGCAAGGUUCCGUGGAGACUGUCACGGAGGCACUUGGCGAUAGCGCAGCUACGACCAACAUUGCUUGCAUCAAUGGCCCACGGGAGACCGUUCUUAGUGGUGGCUCUGGCGAGAUUGCUGAUAUUGCCGAACAACUCGGUGGAGCCGGCUUCAAGUGCACUCAACUCAAGGUUCCCUUUGCUUUCCACUCCGCUCAAGUUGAACCUAUCCUGGAUGAAUUUGAGCUACUGGUUCGCUCGGUUCGCUUUGAAACCCCCAAGAUUCCCGUAAUUUCACCUCUUCACGGCAAACUCCUCGAAGGAGAGCCUAUUAACCCCGUAUAUCUUCGCAAGCAUGCCCGAGACGCAGUCAACUUCCUUGGAGGCCUCGUAUCUGCUCAACAAUCUGGCGUCAUCGACGAAAAGACCGUUUGGCUUGAAAUUGGCCCACAUCCCGUGUGUGCCAACAUGGUCAAGGCAGCCUUUGGUGCCAGUACCAUCGCCGUCCCAAGUAUGCGUCGCAACGAGCCUACCUACAAGACUCUCAGUGCGACCCUAUGCACUCUUCAUUCCGCUGGUUUGAACAUUGAUUGGAACGAAUUUCACCGUGAUUUCGACGCAUCUGUCCGGUUGCUAGACCUACCCGCAUAUUCCUUCGACUUAAAGAAUUACUGGCUACAAUACACGGGUGAUUGGUGUAUUACCAAAAACCGUGGCGCUAUUACUGCGCCUGUCAAGACUAUUGAGGCGAGCAAGCCGAAAUUGUCAACUACUACCGUCCAGCGAAUCACGAAGGAAGAGGUUAAAGGCGACAUUGUUGUUUUGGAGACCGAAUCCGACCUAGCCGAGGAGAACCUACGGAAGAUCUGCUCCGGUCAUCGUGUCAACGGUACUUGCCUUACUCCAUCCAGUCUUUACGGCGACAUGGCCAUGACAAUCUGCGAAUAUGCAUAUAAACUGUUACGUCCCGAAACGAAGGACAUUGGCAUGAAUGUUGCUCACAUGGAAGUACCAAAAACCCUAAUAUUUGAUGCCAAGGCGACAAGUCAGAUCUUGCGAAUGGAAGUUAAAGCUAACGUUGCUGAGAACAUCGCUGAUAUUACAUGGACGAGCGGUGAGGGUGCUCGAAAGACACAACAUGCCGUAUGCAAAGUUUAUUAUGGCGAUAACCAGCAGUGGCUAGAUGAAUUCGAGCGGGUCAGUUACUUGAUCAAGUCGCGCAUCGGUGCAUUGAAGGCUGCUGAACAACGGGGCGAAGCUUCGAAGAUUGGUCGGGGGCUUGCAUACAAGCUCUUUGCCGCUUUGGUCGACUAUGAUGCCCGAUACCGAGGCAUGGAAUCUGUCAUCCUGGAUAGCGAGACUUGUGAAGCUACUGCUAAGGUCGUUUUCCAGACCUCGCCCCAAGAUGGUAGCUUCCAUACUGCGCCAUACUGGAUCGACUCCGUUUGCCAUAUCUCCGGCUUCAUCGUAAACGGUACCGAUGCUGUUGACUCCCGCGAGCAGGUUUACAUUUCCCACGGUUGGGGCAAUAUGAGAUUCGCUGAGAGACUCGACGCUUCCAAAACAUACCAGACCUACAUUCGUAUGCAGAAUGUCAAAGGAACCAAGAUGAUGGCGGGCGACGCAUAUAUCUUCGACGGAGAUAAGCUGAUUGGCAUUGGCGGUGAUAUACGUUUCCAGGCUAUCCCUCGUAGGAUUCUUAACACUGUUCUGCCUCCCCAGGGUGCUGCCGCCGCCGCCGUCGCUCGUACUGCCCCGGCUGCUGCCAAGGCUCCUGUCAAGGAAAAGAAGCAAGUUACCACAUCUAAUCUUCCCGCUGUCAACAAGAAGCUUGCACAAACUUCCAUUGUUGUUCAAGUCAUGGAAAUAGUCUCUAAGGAAACCGGUGUCAGCCAUGAUGAGUUAGCGGACAACAUUGCCUUUGCGGAUCUUGGUGUCGACUCACUAAUGGGACUGACCAUUAGCGGGCGACUUCGUGAGGAACUCGAGCUCAAUGUCGACUCACACGCCUUUAAUGACCAUGCCACAGUUGGAGCAUUCAAAAAAUUCUUAUCCCAGUUUGAAUCAACGACGGCAACGGUGGUUUCGGAGUCAAGUGGAUCAAGCGGCACUUCUGAUAGUGACGAUGAUAUCGAGUCGGACUCUGAGGUCACUACUCCUGGUGAGAGCGACAAAGGAUCGAUAAAGGGUGAUGGCGCUCCAGCUGAAGCUGGAAACAACAAUGAAAUCCAGCAAAUUAUCCGCGAAACCAUAUGCGCUGAGAUGGGUGUCGAGGUUGAAGAGAUUAUUGCCGCCCCUGACUUGGCCGCGCUUGGAAUGGAUUCGCUAAUGAGCUUGUCGAUCUUGGGUAUACUUCGCGAGAAAACAGGCCUUGAUAUUCCCUCCGAUCUCCUAGGUCACAACCCUUCCCUCAAGGAUAUCGAGAAAGUCCUCGGAGUCGAAGAUAAGCCCAAACGUGCUGCUGCUGCCCCGAAGCCCGCCUCACCCAAGGUUGCCAAGCCUAAGUCUGACUCCAAGUCCGUGGUUAAGAGCAUUUCAAAGGCCGAGUCGGUCUUCGAUCCUUACCCUCACCGAAAGGCCACGUCUGUCCUCCUCCAGGGAAACCACCGUACUGCAACUCGUCAGCUCUUCAUGAUACCCGAUGGCAGCGGUAGUGCCACAUCUUACACUGAAAUCUCUCAGCUGGGCUCCGAUGUUGCCGUAUGGGGCAUGUUUUCUCCGUUCAUGAAAACACCUGAAGAGUAUAAAUGUGGGGUGUAUGGAAUGGCCACGAAGUUCAUCGAGGAGAUGAAGCGUCGGCAACCGGAAGGCCCUUACGCUGUCGCUGGUUGGUCUGCCGGCGGGGUUAUUGCCUAUGAAAUCGUCAACCAGCUCACCAAGGCCAAUGAAGAAGUCUCGCACCUCAUUAUCAUCGACGCACCUUGCCCUAUCACCAUUGAGCCCCUGCCCGCAGGUCUCCACGCAUGGUUUGCCGAAAUUGGUCUCCUUGGAGAGGGUGAUGGUGUUGAGGCCAAGAAGAUUCCUUCUUGGCUACUCCCCCACUUCGCAGCAUCGGUAACCGCUCUAUCCAACUAUACCGCCGAGCCAAUCCCUAAGGACAAAUGCCCCAAGGUCACGGCUAUAUGGUGCGAGGACGGUGUCUGCAAGUUACCUACAGACCCUCGACCCGAUCCUUAUCCGACCGGCCACGCCCUCUUCCUCCUUGACAACCGAACAGACUUCGGCCCUAACCGUUGGGACGAAUAUCUCGACAUCGGUAAGAUGAAGUUUCACCAUAUGCCUGGCAACCACUUCUCGAUGAUGCACGGCGACCUCGCGAAACAGCUGGGUAGUUUCAUGAAGGAAGGGAUACGCUCUUAG